AGUAAAAAAAGAUAGAUAGAUAUUAGAUGUUUUUAAAAGCAUAAAUUGUGUAGCAUAGAUACACAUACGCACAUAAAUAUACAUAUAUAUAUCUAUAUUAGUAGACUCCAUAGUCCAAUUUCCGAGUAAAAGUAAUGAGUAUUAUCUUUUAUCAAUCCAGAGGCUGAUUUAUGAUUAUUUUUACCCAGGGCUAGAGGUUAUAAGCAACGGACUUUGGCAGGAAAUAUAAAUUCAGGAUGAAGGUUAAUCCUCGUGUGUUCUUCGACGUGGAAGUCGGAGGUCUUCCGAUGGGGCGAAUCGUCUUCGAGCUGUACAUGGACGUUUGUCCACGUACGUGUGAAAAUUUCCGCGCACUCUGCUCCGGUGAAUUAGGACUCGGCAAGACGACCGGGAAACCGCUGCAUUACAAAGGCACUGUCUUUCAUCGGGUUGUCAAGGAUUUUAUGAUUCAAGGUGGUGAUUUUUCAGUGGGCAAUGGCACUGGCGGGGAAUCUAUUUACGGAGGGACUUUUCCAGAUGAAAACUUUUCCGUUCAUCAUACGAAGCCUUUUCUUCUGUCGAUGGCCAAUCGUGGUAAAGAUACUAAUGGUUCGCAGUUUUUUAUUACAACGCAACCAGCGCCUCAUCUCGACAAUGUCCACGUGGUUUUCGGAGAGGUGGUUUCCGGCCAAGAAGUUGUUUCGCACAUCGAGGAUCUUCCAGUCGACAGGAUGUCGCGGCCACUCCAGGACGCGAAGAUUGCCAAGUGUGGGGAACUUGUUCUAAAAGUCAAAGCUAAAUCAAAAAAACGAGACAAGGAUUCAAGUUCUGCUGAUUCAGACUCCGAUUCAUCAACGGAAAAGAAGAAACGUAAAAAACAUAAGAAAAAUAAAAAGAGAGCUAAAUCCGAAGAUGGAGAAUUGGCAGACUCUCAUGAGGAAGAGGAUGAUCAAAACACACAUCCAUUGGUAUCAGUUACCAAGAUAGAUCCUGAUGAAAUACCAGAAGUGCCAGCAAAUAAAUUUUUAUUCCGCGCGGGGCCAACAAAUAAUUCAAAUCAAAAGGAGUUUCGGCAACAGCGUUUUGGUGGACGUGAUCGUAUGAGGAUCCAACGGAAGACCGGUCGAAUUUUUAAGGGCCGCGGGAUUUUCAGAUAUCAUACUCCUUCUCGGAGUCGUUCUCGGAGUGUAACUCCUCCCCAUUGGAAGCAGGCACAAAACCGUACAGUAAAAUUGCAUGAAUUGCAUCACAAAGAUGAUCAGAAACCGGAAGAUGAGAUUCCCGUCAUCAGUGUUCCGAAAAAACGGCGAUUUGUAGAAAAUCCUGAAGAUGAAGACGAAGCUAACAAUAAAAAUGAUGUUCAUAAUGACAAUAAUGUUUCAGAACGUAAAUUAAAACAGGAUAAUUAUCAAUCGUCACCAGAAGGCAAAGACAGGAUGUGGAAAAACGAUGAAAAAUUUUACAGGAACCCGGACAAUAAUGGCAGCAACAAUCAGUACCGUAUUAAUUUUAGAAACAGAGACAACAUGGACUACAGACGUAGAGACAGAAAUCGCGAGUUCAAUCGGGGAUAUCCUGGCAGAUUCGGCCGCCGUGACUCGAGGGAUCGUAACAGACGUGGACGCUCACGGUCUAGGGAUCACCGGAGAUCACGCGAGCGUGGGGAUCGACGCAGAAGCCGUGACCGCAGAAGCAAGAGGGAUUAUUCUCCCCGUAAACGGUCUCCUCACAAGUCCAAGCCAGAUAAACGAAGCGACAAUGAAGCGAAUUCAAAAUUACAAUCGACCGUUGAAGUUCGAAGCAAAUCAAAAGACAAAAAAGUAAAUUCCGCUUCCAGCACCGCUGAGAAACCAAAAUUCAAACGUCGCUCACGAAGCUCUUCGUCUUCAUCCAGCAGCCAACAAUCUAGACAUUAGAGCCUAUUUGAAAAAUUUUAAUUAUUCUUUAAAUAAUGAAUACGUAAUAUUUUUAUUAAAAACAUCACUUGAUAAUUUUUGAAAGUAAUGAUUCAAUUGUAUAAUCAAUAUAUGCAUAAUUAUUUUAUUACUACUAUUA